CUUGCUCCGGGAGGCCCCCCCAGGUAGAGCGACGGUGAAGUCUCCCCUUCCCAGUAAAUAGGUCCCUCCCACAGCCCAUCACAGGUCGAUCCCAGUACUGGAUCCAUAGAAGGGUUAUCCUUCCGUUGAUUCCCUCCUCCCAUCCCAGCUUUCCCCCCCUUUUCUGUUUCAAUUUUAGCUAAAACCCGAGACUCCGAAGUGGAACAGCUCUCGGACAGAGCCUCGGGCAGAUUUGGGGGUUGGGGAGAGUUAAGCCCUGAGGGAGUUUUUCUCCUACAAUCCUGAGGCUAGCCAGGAAGGUCUCGAGUUCACGAGAGAGCCUGGAGGAAAGAAGCUGCCCAGUCCAAGCGUCCCCCUGGGGAGCAGUUCGUGUCGAGUAACUCUAUGGAGACCCAGGCUCCCCGCAUCCUGAAUUUGGAGCCUUCGGGGUCUAUGCCCCACGGAGAACUACCGCCAGCUGAAGAGAGCCCCGAUCCGGGAGCCUUACAGCUGGGAGAGGGCGGCGGCGGUAGCUGCCACAACUGCCCGGACGCUCCGGCUCGGAGCCCGCCCUCUCGGCCUAGGAGCAGCCCCCAAGUGCCCGAAAGAGAUGCCACUUUCUUGGAGCAGGAACUGCUGGAUGCCCGACGCUGCUGCCGUGCCCGUUCCUUCUCCCUGCCUCCGAGCCCCAUUCUGGAAGCAGCCAAGCUACUGCAGCGGCAGCGGCUGCAGCCUCAGUCCGAGGACCCCGGGGCCGAGUGGGGCUCAGGGGACCGAGAGGAGGAGCUGCUGAGCCCCGGAGCCUGUUGCACUAAGUGCAAGAAGCGGGUGCAGUUCGCGGAUUCUCUGGGGCUCAGCCUGGCCAGCGUAAAGCACUUCAGCGCGGCCGAGGAGCCUCAGGUGCCCCCAGCCGUGCUCUCUCGCCUCAAGAGCUUCCCCAUGCGGGAGCGGGACCUGGAGCAGAUCGGGGACCUGUUGGCGGUGGCCUUCUCCCCGCUCCUGCCGCAGGGGAGCCGCCCCAGCCCAGCCGGAGCCCCGGCCCCGGCCCUGCCCCGCCUGCAGCCUCUCUUCCAGCUGCCCCGGCCCGGGGGAGCCACAGCCUCCGAGCGCCUCCAUCUGCAGCGGGUGUGCCUGGAGCGGGUGGAGUGCGGCGCGCCUCCCGCCGACGAAGUGAAGGGCUCGGGCCGGGUGCUGAGCUGCUCCGGGCCGCGGGACGUGACCGUGCGCUACACCUUCACCGAAUGGCGCUCCUUCCUGGACGUGCCCGCCACGCUGCAGCCCGGCCGGCCGGCACCGGCGCGGGGGCCGGAGGAGCGAAGCGGACCGAGUCGCCGGGACUCGGGCCCCGGGGGACCCGAGGCGGCGGCCGGGGACCCCCCCGAGCCCGACACCGAGCGCUUUCACUUCUCCCUGUACUUGCCUCCGGGGCUGCUGGGGGACGGGGAGGAGCAGCAAGCCUGCGAGGUCCACUUCGCGGUCUGUUACCGCUGCGCGCUGGGCGAGUUCUGGGACAACAACGCCGGGGCCAAUUACACCCUGCGCUACUCUCCCAGAAGCCGCCCGCUGCCGCCUCCCGGCCCCGCGCCUGCCGAGGGCGGCCUGUAGGGCCCUCGCGGAACCGCGGUCCCCGCCUCUUUCCUCUUGCUCCCAAAGGCAAACAUUUGUCUGGUGGUCAGACUGGAA